AUGAAUGUCUGCAUCGCGGUCAUAUCGAGCCGUAACAGUCCCUUGUACCUCAAAGCUACGAAGUCAUCAAACCUACUGAGCUAUCAUUUCCGGGUUUAUGGUGCCCUGGAUGUAAUCGACGAAAAAACUGGAAUUAUUUCCACCAAGUCCGCUUUUCCCGACAAAGACAGUUCGAAUCGAUACCUUGGCCUACUUUACCCAAUAGACGAUCAUUACGUUUACGGAUACGUUACUAACACAAAUGUUAAGUUUAUUUUAGUACAAGAAGUUCAUUCUACCGCUGUGGACGCCGCGGGACCAAACGCUGGCGUGCAGCUGGACUCUAAAGUCCGAAAGACGUUUCAAGCUCUGCACGAUGCCUACGUGCGUCUCCUCUCUUCCCCAUUCUAUGUCUCAAACACUCCGAUUAAUCCCUCUGACUCAGCAUCCGCAAAAAGAUUUGAGGAGGUGGUUGAUUCCCUUUUGGAGUACCCAAAAUGA